AUGAUAGGGACAACAAGAAUGUGGUCUACUAUUAAAACUUCAUUUUGCGAACACAAACUUUCAAGCGAUGCCCUAGUGGUGCCUGCUUCAAUCAAUCCAAACACUGCAACAGCAGCAACGUAUCCAUCUCUUGAUACACAAUUGAAGUUAUUACAGGAUAAUAUUAUGAGUAAAUUGAAAUUGAAUAAUACAGUGACUUCACAAAAUUCAAUGGUAGCUAAUCACACUAUUAAUCAAUGGCAUUUCCAUAAUUCUGUUAAUUCAAAAGAAAAUCCUCAAAUUAUUGAGACUCCUACUUUAUUACUUCAUGGUUAUGCUGCAUCAUCUAUGUCAUUCCAUUUAACUUUUAAUAAAUUAACAAAUGGGAUAAGAGAUCUUUAUGCUAUUGAUUUACCUGGGAAUGGCUUAUCGCAAACACCCGAUAUUAAAUUACCUUCAUCAAAUACUAAUAAGAUGACAUUCAAUAAAGAUCAUUCAAGAUUUUCAAUGACUAAACAAGUUGACACUCUAAAGGAAAAACAAGUCCUAAGUGAUUAUGAAGAUUACUACCUUGAUAGAAUUGACCAAUGGCGUAAAGAUAAUGGUAUUGAAAAAUUUAAUAUUGUCGGACAUUCCUUUGGUGGUUAUAUUUCCUUUAAAUACGCUAUUACACAUCCUGAUCAAAUCGAAAAUAUUGGUUUAAUUUCGCCUUUGGGGAUGGAACGUAAUGUUUACUCUUUGAAUAAUAACUUUGUUGAAGCAAAAGAAUAUCAAGUGACUCAAGAGGAUCCUUCAUCGAUAUAUUAUUCAAGAAACUUCAAAGUACCCACAUUCUUAUUCAAUAAUCAACUUAAUACAUUAAGAUAUAUGGGACCUAUCGGCGGAUCUUUAGCAAAACGUUAUAUUAAUAGAGCUUAUGUUAAUGUACCAGGUACAGAAUAUCAUGAUUACUUAUAUCAUAUUUUCUAUAAAAGUGAUAAAUUUCCUAGAACAACAAUUUCGAAUUUCACAAAUAUGUUUACUAGAAAUCUAUUGGCAAAAGAUCCAAUUCUAGAUAACUUACCAAAAUUGAAAGCAAAUAAAGUACUAUUGAUGUAUGGUGAUCAUGAUUGGAUGAAUGGAGAAGCUGGUUAUGAAAUGGCUACAGAAUUAGCACAAACAUAUAACUACAAACCACAUAAAGAAGUGGAUUUUGUUCAAGUACCCCAUGCAGGGCAUAAUCUGUUUUUAGAUAACCCAAAUUUCUUUAGUGACCAAAUUCUUUCCUUUCUUAAAUAA